GCUUCCCGCCGUCGCCGCGUGCCCCUCGCCCUCGACACCCCCCCCCCCCCCCCACCACCACCACCCCGGUUUUGGCGGGCGGCAGGUGGGCGCCGGGCCGGAGCUGCGAAGCGGGAGACGGGCGGCACGUGCCGGGCGGCGGGAUGGGACCUGGGCCGGCGGCGGCGUUGGUGCUGGCGAUGGUGAUGGGGGAGAUGGCGGCGGUGGAACCGGGGGCAGCAGGCACCAAGGAGUGCGGCCAGAGCGAGUUCCGGUGCGGGGACGGUUCUUGCAUCACCGGCGCCUGGGUGUGCGACGGCAGCACCGAGUGCAAGGACGGCUCCGACGAGACGCCGGAGACCUGCCGCUCCCUCUCCUGCUCCCCGAGCGAGUUCAGCUGCGGCGGCCGCCAGAACCGGUGCGUGCCGGCGUCCUGGCGCUGCGACGGGCACCGCAACUGCGAGAACGGCGCCGACGAGCUGGACUGCCCCCCCCGAGCCUGCGCCGGGGACCAGCUGCGCUGCGGCAACGGGGCCUGCGUGUCGCGCGCCUUCGCCUGCGACGGGGAGCGCGACUGCGAGGACGGGGCGGACGAGGCCGGCUGCCCCCCCCCCGCCACCUGCGGCCCCCACGCCUUCCACUGCAACGACUCGGCCUGCGUCCCCCAGCUCUGGGCCUGCGACGGGGACCCCGACUGCCCCGACGGCUCCGACGAGUGGCCCCGACACUGCGGCCCCUCCCGACCCCCCCAGCCCUGUCCCCCUCUCCAGUUCGCCUGCGGCUCCGGCGAGUGCAUCCACCGGCGCUGGCGUUGCGACGGCAGCCCCGACUGCCGGGAUCGCUCCGACGAGGAGGGAUGCGCCGCCGCCGCCACGUGCCUCCCCGACCAGUUCCAGUGCCGGGACGGGCGUUGCGUGCUGGGGGUCCGGCAAUGCGACGGCGAAGCCGACUGCGCCGACGGCAGCGAUGAGGAGGGAUGCCACAACGUGACAGCCUGCGACGGCCCCCACGAGUUCAAGUGCCGCUCGGGCGAGUGCAUCCCCAUGGAGCGGGUCUGCAACUGGCACCGCGACUGCCGGGACUGGUCUGACGAGCCCAUCAAGGAGUGCGGGGCCAACGAGUGCCUGGACGGCGGCGGCGGCUGCUCCCACAUCUGCCAGGACCUUCGGCUGGGCUACCAGUGCCUCUGCUUGGAGGGCUUCCGCCUGGGCUCCGACGGGAAGAGCUGCGAGGACAUCGACGAGUGCCAGGACCCCAGCAGCUGCAGCCAGCGCUGCCACAACCUGCCCGGCAGCUACAAGUGCGAGUGCGGGGAGGGGUACCGGCUGGACCCCCGCACCCGCGCCUGCCGCGCCCUCGGCCCCCCCGCCGCCCUCCUCUUCACCAACCGGCACGAGAUCCGGCGCCUGGCGCUGGACGGCGGCGAGUACCGGCGCCUGCUGGGACCCCUCAAGCACGCGGGGGCCCUGGACGCCGACGUGGCCGCCGGCACCGUCUAUUGGGCCGAUCUCAGCCAGAGGAAGAUCUACCGAUCGGCGCUGGCCGGCGCGGCGGACGGCAGCGGGCGCGUGGCCGUCGUCGGGACGGGGCUGGGAGCGCCCGACGGCGUCGCCCUGGACUGGGUCCACCGCAACAUCUACUGGACGGACUCGCGGCUCGGCACCGUCUCGGUGGCCGACGGCAGCGGCGCGCGCCGCAGGACGCUGGUGCGGGAGCCGGGGGCCAAGCCCCGCGCCAUCGCGGUGGACCCGCUGCGCGGUUACAUGUACUGGACGGACUGGGGAGCCAGCGCCAAGAUCGCCAAGGGCGGCCUCAACGGUGCCGACCAGUUCCCGUUGGUGACCGAGGGCAUCGAGUGGCCCAACGGGAUAACGCUGGACCUGCCCUCCCAGCGCCUGUACUGGGUGGACUCGCGGCUCCACGCGCUCUCCAGCGUCGACGUGGACGGGGGCCACCGCCGCACCCUCCUGGCCGACCCCCAGGUCCUCUCCCACCCUUUCGCCAUCACCGUCUUCGAGGACACCGUCUUCUGGAGCGACGUCCUGAGCGAGGCCAUCUUCAGCGCCAACCGCCGGACGGGCGCCGACCUCCGCAGGGUGGCCCAGGACCUCUUCUCCCCCGAGGACAUCGUCCUCCUCCCCCCCCUCCGCCAGCCCCCAGGUGAGAACCGGUGCUCCGAGGACAACGGGGGCUGCGGGUUCCUCUGCCUCCCCGCGCCCCAACUCGGCCCCCGCGCCCCCCGAUACACCUGCGCCUGCCCCGACGGCCAGCGCCUGGCCCCCGACGGACGCGCCUGCCUCCCAGGCGGCACCGGUGACGCCAUGGGGCACGCGGGGAGCAGGACGGGGCCGACAGCGCUCGCGGUCGUCCUGCCCCUCGUGCUCCUCAUCCUCGCAGCCUUCGGCGCCCGCGGGCUCUGGCGCAGCUGGCGCCGGCGCAGCACCAACAGCAUCAACUUCGACAACCCCGUCUACCAGAAAACCACCGAGGACGAGGAGCCCCUGGGCCGGGGGCAGGGGGGCUUCAGCUACCCCACGCGCCAGGCUGUGAGCCUGGAUGAUGACGUGGCCUGAGGACGUGGGGGGGCUCACCCCGCCCCCAGCCCCCCCUGAGGAGGCGCCGGACCCCGGCCGGAUCCUGCACCCGCAUUCCCCCCCAAACCCCGCCGGGACCCCCCCCGACCCAUCACCGGGGCUGGGCAGGACCCCGGUGGACGGCGCCGGACCCCCGGGGCGGCCGUAGCGGGAGCGCGCGGCUGUGCCCGGCA